UGCAGUUCACCGCUCCCUCGCCCACGGAUUCCAGGAAGUGCCCGGCUGUUACCUUAUCAACGAGCUCAAGCUAACCAACACGACAUGAGGACACCAUGCUAAAAAGUCCAAUGAUUUCACAUCGUUAAACAGCAUGUAUUCAUCAAGAAUUCCGGUCGUUGUUUUAUUCCUGUAUUGUGUGUUCCUCGUGGUCUCAGGCGUCCAGAGGCUGACACUAACCCCUGACCAAGGCACCGCCCUCAACAUAAGCAACCAGGUCAAAGGGUCGCAAUGCAAAGUGUGCUUAGGGGCGAGGUGCAGGUUCGACACAUCUCUGUUGUUAAAAGAAAACACCCCUUCUGUGGUGGAAUUUGAUUGCCCCCGACCUGAAGAUGUAUUUAAAGUGGAGAUAAUUAGAAAUAUAGAAUGUACAGCAACGUCGUGCAGCAGCGACACCAUCCAGACGGAAUCAGACCCCUAUACGCAGCUGGAGUUCCAUCGCACAUUUACUUGGAACCUGAAAGCCUCAGCACCAAAAGCGAUCCAAGUGGACUUCACUAAAGGGGGUCUGAGACAAAUAAGUCCAUCUGCGAACUGUCCAGACAGACACACCUACACCCUAAAGGCCUUCCAGGUGUCAGGGACUGUUGUCAUUGGGAAAUACUGCAGAGGAGGCCCAAUCAGUGCUGCUCAGAUAUUGAAUGAGGGCAGCUUCUCUCUGGAUGUUCCACCAAGUCUGAAGGUGCAAAGGGACCAGUUUGGUGUGUCUGUUGGGGAGGAAAUUAAAUCCCUUGCCAAAAUCACAGUGUCUUUGCCACGCCGGAGCUCUUCCAUCGAGUUGCUCUCUCCAAACUUCCCGGAGAGCUUCCCCGAUGACGACGUGAUGGAGUGGCACUUUCAUAUCGAGGCGAAAUAUAAGGCGACUAUUGAGUUCCUAAACAUCACACAGCCGCGUUGUCUAAAGAAGGAAACAGCGGCAGAGUAUCACAGUAAAGGCAGGCGGGCGCUGGUGCUAGGUCUAACGGACACCAUGCCGGUCCUAAAUCAGGGGGACUUCUCUUUGACUCUGAGAAACUGUGAAAUGGACAGAAGACGAGCUGGUUCUCCAGGACUGUCCCUGAAACUCAAUGUGUCCUCUUUCAAGGCGAGUUCACCAGUGUUGUGUUCUGUCGACCUGAGGAAGUUGAAGGUCCUUUCUCUUCACUUGGAAAGGUUGAGGUCGGCAUCUGAAUGUGAGAUGAAGAUGAACUCUAUGACGAUGGAGAAUAUCACAGUCCCAUCUGGAAGCGUUACUCAGCUGUCUUUCCAGGACUGUCUUCCCCAAGACGUGCUCGUCACCGCCAGUGGAGUCAUCGGUUGUACCCAAUUUCAGGACUGCCCGAAGCGUCAAGUUCCUCUUUCAGUGCCUUCGCUGCCAAAAUGCCUCCCAGCCCCUCUCAGCGCUGUGACCUGGGCCCUCCGCCCUCCUCUGCAUGGCACUGUCGAGCUAGAGUCUUUAAUCGGACCCCUGCAGCAGCACCUCCCUGAGCAGCCAUGCAACGACAGCCUCAUCACACUGAUCGAAGAUGACAAAACUACUGUAGCCCUUUUAUGUCCUCACGGGGCCAUUCGGAAGGUCCAAAUCCACACCAACAUAUCUGUCACUGUGACCAGAAGGGAGGGCCAAGCACUGACACCUACUGUGAAGCCUAUGUUGAGAGCCAGUUUGACAGACGAGAUAGCAGAAAGAUACAUAUUCACCGUAUUACCCAAAAAAGACGAGCCCAUUCUUUUGGCGACGCCUGGUUGGCCAGCUGGGAUGGAGUCCUACGCCACCGUCUCCUGGAUCGUCACGCUUCCCCCUAAGACGGAGGUGCACUUGAUGUUUGUCAACCUUAGCCAGCCCAAAUGCGCCAACCGCCACACCAACAUCCGAGUGCAGAGGAUGGACAGUCUAGAGGAGGACUACAGUCGCAGGGAGGAUGAGGAGGCCGAGGAGGUCAGCGUUUCUGAAAACUUCUACCUAAACAUGUCCAACUGCAUGCCUGAGAGAGGAGACUUCAAGGUCAUCACAAAGCUGACCCUCAGGAAAAGCACAAACAUGAUGUUGGUUACCAUCGCUAGUGUGGUCGCGGCUCUGGUGCUGCUUUUCAUCAUCGUGUUGGUGGUGGUCUGUUUUGUUAUCAAGAAGAAGAAAAAGAAGCUUGAACAUCAGGUGUCCAUCUACAAUCCCAAUGGAACCAACUUCCAACCGGGACGCAACGGCUUCCCAAAAUCUCGCGAGGACAACGAGUCCCAUGUGUACGCCUCCAUUGAGGACACGCUGGUUUAUUUAUCUCGAAAACGUGUCAUGUGUUAUGUCCGAUACAAACCAGUUGCCAAUAAACGAACUAUAUAAUCCUGUCCUCAACACGAUAGACGUUACAAUAAUUGAACGGUUGGCGACAACAUGGAGGUGGGAGUUUACCAGGAGUAUCCUUUGUCACAGCAACAGGCUCCCCCGCUUCCCAAAAGGCCCCUGAGCCACACCUUUGUGGACAAUGUAAUUUACCAGUCCCAACCCUCGCUGGAAGAGCAUUCCGCUGAGAUAGGGCCACGACUGGAACCAGAGGGAGGCAACUGAUUGGACGCAGCUUUAACUUUUGGAGAUGUUGUGAUUACUUGCUGCUCAGCCUCACAAGAUGUCCUCUUUUUUUCUUCUCUGCUGCCAAAUUUAGACACACAAACUACGCAUGUCCAGGCCUGCAUGUGCUUGUUGCCUUCAUUUUUUAUCUUGGAUGGCGGAACUUCUCUUGGGAAAGCAGAACUGAAUCACCCUUUUGUACUUUCGACCAAUGGAAAAACAAGGACUUUUUUUUCCAUUUUGUACAGAUGGAGAUUGUUCAAGGGAAAACAACGUCCUGUAUGUUAUUUAAAUGCCUUUUAUCCACUUUUACCAAUAAAGUGGUAAAAAAAAGAUGCUUCCAUUCACACAAUGGUUAUCCUUCUUUAGUGGCGAUCUAAAAUAAACUUUACAUAGACACAUACUGUUUUAAAUCACCACUGUUUGUUCCAAUGACAACAUUGCUUUAGCAUAAUUAAGUGACUUUGGUAAACAUACAUAUAAUAAAUGAUUAAAAACCUGAGCAAAAGCUAAAGGGGCCUUUUAAGGCUAACAAAAAACAUGUUUUUAAAAUCAUGUUUUUAAAUAAACAUUGAUUGUAUGCGACAAACUUUUUGGUCCAGUGACUUCAAAAUGAUUCAACUGUCUUGUUUGAGUGUUUCUUUAUUUUGUAAUGACACUGAUGUCAAAAUACUGUAACAUUUCCGCAGGGGGGUCUCGCACAGGGCACUAUUGAAGCUAAAACAGCCACUGGCCUGUGGAUUUGAUGUGCAGUUUUAAUUCAAGACCUUUCUAAAAAAUAUGGCAUAUGUCCUUACAUUUUUACAACGGCCAUACUGUAAUAGUAAAUACCGUGUAACAUAUUUUUCGAA